UGCCGACCAGUGCUGACCGCCAGAGAUGACCACCUCCGCCGAUAGUGUUUUCGUUGCCCGCUCGGAUGGUAUUUCCGCCGAAGGAGUUAGGGAUCAGUAUGCCGAUGGCAAGGCGGCCAAGGUAUGGGAGAUCUUCAUCGGAGACAAGAACUCGCGUACGGACAACUACAAGAACUUCCUGAUCGAUAUGCUGCGGCAGAAGGGAUGCAAGCGUGUCCUGGACGUGGCCUGUGGUACCGGUGUGGACUCGCUAAUGUUGGUGGAAGAGGGCUUCGAGGUGGUGUCCGUCGAUGCCUCCGACAAAAUGCUGAAAUACGCUCUCAAGGAGCGCUGGAACCGCCGCAAGGAAGCCGCCUUUGAAAACUGGGUUAUCGAAGAGGCCAACUGGCUGACACUGUACGACGACAUCCAGGACCAAAUAAAGGAUGGCUUCGACGCCGUCAUCUGCCUGGGCAACUCCUUUGCCCACUUGAUGGACGGCUUUGGGGAUCAGCGUGAGCACAAGCAGGCGAUCGGCAACUUUGAGAAGUGCCUUAAGCCAGGCGGUGUCCUGCUGAUCGAUCAUCGCAACUACGACAACAUCUUGGAGACAGGAUCCACUCCCGCCAAGAGCAUCUACUAUAACACGAGCCACACGGCGGACAUCAAAACCUCCGUCCUGUUCUACUGCGGUAAGCCAUCUCUGGUGUCCAUGGAUUACCUGAUCGCUGGCAACAAGCUGACCAGCGAGUUCCGCCUCUCCUACUAUCCCCACGAGCUGAAGCGCUUCCAGGAGAUCCUCAGUGAGAUCUUCUCGGCCAAGGCCAAGCACCAGCUGUACGGAGACUUCAAGGAGAUGAGCCAAGUGAAGAAUCCAGCCUUCUACAUACACUUAAUUGAGAAGCCCAAGGUUUAGGUUUAAGCAUUUAGUUUGUAUUCACAUAAUUCCACAAACACACAUCUAAAUAUAAAGUUCGUUCGAUUUACA